GUCCUAUAUGGUCUUCAGAUUGAUGGCCGAGCAGUUACUGGAGUUGACCCAUCUGUCGCAACGAAGCAGUGGGUAGCCCUAUGUGCUAAGCUAUUGGGAGUAGCACCUACACCAGCAGAUUUACAGGCAGGUAGAGUGAGGGUAAGGUGGCUGGCCGAGCACUUUGCUCAUCUUCCAGAUCAUGCUCCAGAUGAGUUGGUACAGUAGCAUACCCGAGCAUAUAUUCUGUGGCUUAUUGGGGGGGUACUUCUCCCUGAUAAGUCACAGAACCUGGUCAAGCUGAUGUACUUGCCAUUGCUGAGAGACAUUGAGGAGAUUGGGCAGUACAACUGGGGUAGCGCGGCUCUGGCAUGGUUGUAUAGGAUGCUAUGUCGAGCAGCUCAGGUGGGUACGAGGGAGAUUGGAGGACUACUUGUGUUGCUACAGAUUUGGGCAUGGGAGAGAUUGAUUCGCAUUGCCCCGUCUAGGCAGCAACUGGUUGGUCCUGGUGAGCUGCCUAUGGGUGAGGGGGACAUGCAGUUGCCCACCGGACUGCGAGGUAGCCGGUGGAGGGUUGACAUGGGCCACGAGGUCGUCUCGACCCACGUAGUGGUUGUUUAUAAAGACCAGCUGGACCAGAUGAUCGAGGGCGAGUUUAUCUGGCAACCUUACGCUGGGGUCCUCGGUACGCUCCCCGACUACUGCUGACUGGGUCAGGAGAUAUGGAUGGCGAGAGUGCCACUUAUUUAUUUUGAAGUGGUUGAGUGGCAUCUCCCCCAUCGUGUCCUCCAACAGUUUGGUCGGGUGCAGUCCGUACCGGAUCGAUUCGACACUAAGUGGCAGUUGCACGUCACUGAUAGGCGUAGCCGAGCUGGCACUGACUGGCAUCUGUUUUAUAUGCGAUAUAUACAGUUAUGGGAGGCCCGCCGGGAUAGUAUUGUACAGGCUGACUACAGUGAUGAGGUGAUCCCCUCUUCCGACCCUUACAUGUUGUGGUAUCGGCGACAUACACACCUACUAGUCGGGAAUCCGAGUCACGUGUCUGAGUCUGGAUAUCAGGGAGUUGGCCCUUAUCUUGAGGCAUUGAUGGCUGGAGUUGGGAGGUCGUUUCACUUGGCUGAGGACGCCCAUUUAAGACGUGAUGGGCAGCAUGCCUUGCAGGCCGUUGCAGAGAUCCGGGAGUUAUUGUACCAGGCAUUCCAGCUUACCCAUCAGGGAGAUCGUUUGCAUUACGGCCACUACGGUGUACACACUUCAGCAGCUGCUCCAGAUACAUCAGCGUGUUCCACGUUAGCGCCUUCCACUUUAGCGCCUGCCACAUCAGCUCCUUCGACAUCAGUCACCCCACCACAUACUACCCCAUAUAUAUCUGCAGAUUCCCUCGACGUACUUCCUACGCAGCAUACCGGCAUACCUUAUGUGCCUGACCCUGAUUGGACACCGCCCCGAUACAUGCAUGACGUUGUUACCCCAUCCACCCAGUUACCACCACCAGACAGUUCGACGGCGACCAUGAGUACACAUGAUGCAGUUCUCACUGACAUCUCCCACGUUGACGCUGAGGCCCAUAUUAAGCCCCCACCCAGAGCGCGCGGGAAAGGGCGAGGUUUUGGUCGCGGCGGACGUCGCGGCCGAGGUCGGGGUGCGGGCAAAGGCAGAGGUCGAGCUCCAGCUGCAGAUCGUGAUACAGUUGCACCAGAUGAUGGAGUUUCACAGCUCAGCAGUAUUCGAUCUUUCGCCACAGACAGGAUCAGGGGCAGCAUAUGCAGUAGAGGGGGGGUCACACUCACAGGCUCCACAGGAUACGCAUUUAUGAUUGGGGGAGCCAGAUAUUCAGGGAGUCUACUGCAGGAGACCGAGGAGGGAGGUCCACGGUCGGGAUUGUGGGACUGGGGGCAGGUUAGGGCAUUAGCGGGUGUGAUGUGGAGUGUAUAGUUUAUUUUAUUUAUAGUUUUUGUUAUAGUUUUUGUAAAUCAAACUUGUACAGAUGAUGUAAAUGUGUCAUAC